AUGUCAGAUUACACAUUGAGGAGACUCCAAACGAGGGAGCAGCUCGACGCGGUAGUUGAAGUUAUCUUCAAAGCUCAAUAUUCUCCAUACAUGCCAUCAAGCUCGAUCUUUUUCCCCGUAGCCGGCUACUCACUAGAAGAACGAUCUGCAGGGGUUGCUGCAUCCAAAGAACGAUUGUGGAAAGAGCAUCUGGCCGCGAAUCCUGCGACCAAUCACUGGAUAAUUGUCGAAGAAAAAGAAAGCUUGAAAAUUGUCGGUGGCUGCUUAUGGAAAUGGCAUGAUGGAAAUCAAUUUCCAGAUGGUAUUCCGACGCCUAGUGUAUACUGGUGGCCAGAGGGAGAGGCGAGGGAGUUUUGCGAAGAGAUGAUAAGGCAGUCCAUGACGCCAAGGAGCUUAUGGAUGCAUGAUAGAAAUGCUGGACUAUACAUGAUGGUCGUACACCCAGAUCACAGGUCUCGUGGUGUUGGUGGACUGAUGAUGGAAUGGGCCAAUACUAGAAUCGACGAAAUGGGGAUAGAAGGUUUCAUUGAAGCUAAUGAGCUCGGUAGGCAUUUGUACGAGAAGUGGGGAUAUCGAGUUGUGAUGAAACUUGAUCUGUUCAUUCCUUCCAACAAGUCGGAUUUGUGGAACAAGCUUGCUCAUGACCUCAAAAUGCCUCCAUGGUAUGCAAUGUGGAGACCGCUUAAUGGCAUCGUGCAGGAAGGUGAACGGACUCGCCCAUGGCAGCCCUUGUGA